CACAUUGAAAACUACCACUAGGCAACACCAGGCUACCCAUACAGUGUACCAGCAUCUUUCCAAGCUUAAGCUUAUAUUUUUAUUUACCAUGUCUGUCUCCGCCCUCGUUAAAGCCCAGUGGCUCCGCCAAAUGAUGCUUCAAAAAUCGAAAUAUCUUCGAGUCUUGGAUACGUCUUGGCACCUUCCAAAGGAAAAUCGUGAUCCGAAGAAAGAAUUUUUGGCUCAUCGGAUUCCUGGGGCUAAGUUUUUCGACAUUGAGGAAUGUGUCGACAAGUCAUCGCCUUAUGAACACAUGCUGCCGAAUACUGAAGAUUUCUCAAAUUACGUUCGCAGUCUUGGGCUCAAGAACGACAGUCAUGUUGUUGUGUACGAUAAUAAUAAUGGUGGAUUAUUCUCGGCCCCCCGAGUCUGGUGGAUGCUUCGCGCAUUCGGGCACGAUCGGGUAUCGAUUUUGGAUGGCGGGUUUCCAAAAUGGUGCGCAGGGGGUUAUCCAGUUGAAUUAGGCCCAGAGAAUGCAACAGCAGUUGAAGAUGGUGGCCCAUUCAAAGCUACCUUAAACACAGCAAUGUUCUGUAACUUUGAUUUUAUGAAAGCCAAUUUAGCACAACCAACCAUUCAAGUUGCUGAUGCUCGGUCACCUGGCAGAUUCUUUGGCACUGAAACUGAGCCGCGGCCAAACUUUCCAACUGGUCACAUUCCACAUUCAAAGAAUGUCCCUUAUGUUCAGUGCUUAGAUCCUCAAACAAAACUGAUGAAAGAUCCUGAGGAGCUAAAGAAAGUAUUUGAGGAAGCAGGAAUUGAUCUUGGAAAAGAGCUUAUUACAUCUUGUGGAUCUGGGAUCACAGCAUGUGUGGUGGCUUUGGCAGCACACCUUUGUGGAAAGAGAGACACCAUGGUGUAUGAUGGGUCUUGGGUGGAGUGGGGUCAGCGUGCUUCGUCUGAUAUGAUUGAAAAGAAUUAGACAUUUACUUAAUAUUUUAUCCAGUAAUGUAAAAGAGAAAAUUGGAAUUGAAAUGAGAAGGAUCCUAGACUUGUAGAUAGUAAACUGAGAAGGGUAAUCGGAACUUGAUCUGAUGAAUGCAAUAUGUCAGGGCACCUAAUGCCACGGGAGGUGGCUUGAUGCAUAACUCAAGGAACAAAGCUUUUACAUCAUUUGCUGAGAUUUGAAUUUCAUCAUAAUCAUAAUCAUCAUUAUCGUCAACAUCAUCAUCAUCAUAAUAAUAAUAAUAAUGAUAAUAAUAAUUUAUUAUUUAGUAUUUAUACAGUGCAAAUUAACAUGUAAAUAUGAUCAAAUGUGCCUAAUGUACUCCUGGGUAACCUGAGUAAACAAUAAACUGAUUUUGUAGUUCAGUGUAUAGAGGUAUUGUGUAACAUAAGGAACACAAUGAACUGGGUUUGACAUACAUCAAGGAGGGUUAACCAUUAUUGUUUAGAACAUUACUGUAGACUUUCUAUAUGGUUACAAGGAACAUGUAGGAUAAUAAUCAUACUCUAAAAGUCAAAGAACUGUAUACCAUAGAAUACUAACAUUUUUAUUUUUUUGAUCUGUAAACUACAGGAUAGGAUCAA